GUAUGCCGCCAACUUAUGAAUCGCUGUAUGGUGAAUUUCGACAAGUUGAAGACCCAAGAGGAUUAGCUCAGUUUCUAGCGAAAGCUUUUGCAGUGAUUAUUAGCACAAUGACAGCUGCGGUACUUCUGGCAGUAUUGAAUAUCAUUCCAUUAGGAAUGAUAGUUCUUGGCAGUAAUAACCUCUACUGCUGUCCCGUAGAACCUUACAUACCUAUCUGGCUUAUUGUCACUGGUUUUUUUUCUCUGCUGAAGAGUGCAACAAAUUUUUGUUAUCGUGCUAAACGACAACGAGAAGGUCGUCCGCCUUCCGCAGCAGAUGUCAAUCCAAAUCCCUUUGAUGGUCUACUGUCAUGUUUCUUACUCGUUUGGUUUAUAAUCGGUGUCGUCAUCAUUCUGACACUUUGA